GCAUAGAGUUUUGGCAAGAUGUUCGUGCAGAAGAAAAAGCUGGUUGAGCAUGUCUUGGCAAUGCGCGCCGAAGGGGGCAGUAGUGAUGAGGAUGAGGAGGAGGAGGACCAGGGCGACAUUUUGCAGCGCCGGCGGGAAGAAUGCGAACGCAAGGCCCGUCGUGGGGAGAUGGAUCCCCGGCUGGAGUUCACCUUCCAGCUCCUGAUCGACGCCACUCAGUUGCCCAGGCAUCAGCUCAUGGACUACAUAUUCGAAGGGGACAUGCUCGAUGAGAUCAAUCAGCUAUUCCUACCAAAUAUGAAGAACAAGCUGCUGUGGUUCUACCAGGAGACGGAUGACCCCGAGCCCACUCCAGUGCCCGAUCCGAAUAAACCCGGUCCCUCGCGAUCUGGCGUAGCUUCCAGCAGCUCCAAGACGCCGCAGGGUGGUGCUUCUCCCAGUGGAUUGCCUCCCCCGAAACACAAGAAGUUGUUCCUAACUGAUGGAUGGACUUGCGCCUUCACUGGAGUUUGUAUUUACAUAUUUCGAGUGAAUACAUCGAAGCAGUUGCCGGAGGAGGGAUUCCAGAAGGAUUUAUAUUGCGGAGUGAUCGAUGCUAAGAACAUAGGCCUAGUUACUUCUAUCGAGCGGAUUGUGGAGUUUGUGUUCAUGCAGGCCCUGGCCUUUCCCAGUCUGGAGGGCGACGAGGAGGACGUGAGCUGCGGCCUCAUCAAGGGACAACUUUUGCCGGGAUUGCGAUCCUUCUGCAGCGCCCUGCGCGUCUGCGAACAGGUGUGCGACCAUCACAAUGUCUUCGCCGACGGCUGCGACAUGUUCGAGAAGAUCGACGAGGUGGAGGAGGUGAAGGACAUGUCCAAGAGCCAGGAGUUUUGCGGCCAGCUCGAGGAGCGCGUGAACAACUGGACGAAGGGCAUAUUGAAGAUCCUGGGGGAGAGCGAGCAGCUGCGCAAGGAGAACGACCACAGUGGGCCGCAGGACGAACUGGAGUACUGGAAGAAGCGAGGUGCCCAGUUCUCCCAGCUCCUAGCCCAUCUGCAGGACAAGGAGGUGCAGUUCACGCUGCACUGCCUCUUCCUCGCCGGCUCCCGCAUAAUAAAACAGUGGAAGGAGACCGACCGAAAGAUAACCUUCUGCUACAACGAGGCGCGCGACAACUCCAAGUUCAUCCAGGCCAUGGAGACAUGCUGCCACUCGUUGUACCUGGACGAUCCCGUCAGCAUGAAGGAGUCCAUCCUGAGCCUGCUGCAAACGGUGCGGCUGAUUUACAGCGUUUCCCAGUUCUACAACACCUCGGAAAGGACAUCCGCUCUGAUGGUUAAGAUAACCAACCAGAUGAUUGAAACCUGCAAGUCAUACAUCACCUGUCGUUGCAAGGAAACUAUAUGGUCUCAAGAUCGUAACUUAAUCCGUACUAAACUGAGCAACUGCAUCAAGUUGAACCACAUUUACCACGAGACCUACUACACAGUUAGGGAGCAGCCCUUUCUGCCGAAUCAGACGCCUUUCGGAUUUUCCGAAAACUUUGUCUUUGGCAAAUUUGACACAUUUUGCGAGAGGCUUUCCAAGAUAAUUAGCAUGUUCAAUCUGAUCGACGACUACAAUCAUUUGUUUGAACGGCGACUAGAAGGACUCCUUUUGGGAGAGGCUUUGGAGGAUGCUUCCAACCAUUUUGAGGAGGCCAAAAAGGAUGUGACUUCCAGGAAGUACGACUACUUGGACCACCGGAACUCCGAUUUCAACGUGGACUUUGAGCGAUUCAUUCACAAAACGAAUUCCCUGAAGGACACCAUAGCCACUCUGAUUGAAAAGGACUUUGACACCGUUUGGGAGACGCCGCAGUGCAUCCGUUUCCUAGUUCGCUUCGAGAAGGUCAGCGAGAAGAUUCCGCUGACCAAGAUGGACGAGAAGUACACGCGGAUCCUGCGCUACGUGGAGAAGGAGGUGGAUCGCAUUCUGAAAACCUUUCGCAAACAACGCGAUGAUCCCCCGCUGGCCAGGAACUUUCCACCCAUUGCCGGAAGGAUUCACUGGUGUCGCGCCCUGAGUCUCCACAUCACGGAACUCAUGGAUGCGGUGAUGGAUCAUCCGGUGCUGAGCAACUUGCCCAUGGCCAAGGAUCUGGAUGUGCGCUAUCACAAUGUGCUGGGUGUGUUGCAGGAGUACGAGGACGAAAUUGUGUCCAUUUGGCUGGAUCAGGAUGUCAGUGUGGCGGACGCCUGCCUUCUGCAGCCACUGCUGAGUCUCCAGGGGGACAAGUUGUUCGUCAACCUGCACCCCACCAUUCCACUGCUCAUCCGGGAGGCAAAGAUGCUGGCCAAGCUGGACAUCGAGUUGCCCAUUGUGGCCGCCACGCUGAUGAGUCGUCAGCAGUACUUCAUCACCAUCCAGGACUCGCUGAAUUGCCUUAUAAAAAUGUUCCUGUCCACUGUGCGAGCUGUGAAGCUGGAGGUGCGUCCUUUGUUCCUCCCACAGUUGGUUCGCCUUACGGCCAUGCUAAAACCAGGAUUACACACCAUCAAUUGGACAAACCAAAACUGGACCGAGUUCUAUGAGCGCUGCAAACAGGCCAUCGAGAAUUUCGAAGUUCUGGUUGCGCGUGUCCAUGACAUCUACUCCAAUCGCAUUCUAAAUGUGCUGAUGUGGAUGCAGGAUGUCUCCUUGCAGAUUUUACCAGCAGACGAUGAAAUCUGGACAGUUGACGAGUUUCUGGAGAGGAGCGAGGAGGCCUGCCGAAAAGCGGCCAUCGAUCUGAACCGGAAGAGUCAAAUGGUCUCCGAGGCAGUGGAGGAGGUCCUGAGCUUGGUGGACAAGGCCACGGCAGCCUUCAAGGAGAUAGCCGGCGAUGAAGUGACUACUUUGUUUGAUGCAGCCACUCCGAAAGGGGAGAACUCCGGAUCGGGGGGACGCAAGCCGGAGGAUGGAGGCGGAGGAGGAGCUGCUGCCCCCACGACCAGUGGUGGCGGUGGACAGCAGCAGGACUGGAGUAUCCUGUGGUCCUGCUUCGAGAACCCCCUGUCCCUCUUGUCCACCACAGAAAGUCUUCCCAAAGGCAUGCAGGACAUGGUCUGCAACGCGGUGGUCGAGAUGCGCCGCUACUACAGCCGCAAGGUGAUCGACGUGCUGAUCAAGGUGAUCCGGGCCGCUCUGGACACCCUCCGCCGUCGGUUCAUCGCCGACGAGAACGAGACGGUGUUCAAGAAGCCGGUCUUUGCGCUGCACGCGCAGCUGCAGAUACCCCAUGUGGUGAUUAAACCGAAUCUGGACGAGCUGCAGGACUUUUUGGUGACGGCUGGCAAGAAUAUCACGGGCAUUGCGAAGGGCGUGGCGCAGUGGAGCAGCGGCAAAGACCCGCCGCAAGUUUCGAUGACGGUGACGCAGCCGCGCGUCGGACGCAACCACAAUGAGACGGCCGGCGGAGGCAAGAGCCGGCGGCGCAAGAUCUACUGCCUGGCCUCCGAGGAGCGGCCCCAGAUGCCGCACAUGCUCAAGAGCUUCUACUCGGCGAUAAUGGACAACAAGGAGGUGGCCAAGGCGGUCAACCAGCUGGCCAGCUGCACCAAGAACGUCAAGCCGGAGAUCCAGACGUACAUCAAGCGCUGGAAGCCGUACCACUUCCUCUGGAAGAACGACCGCACCACCCGCCAGCUCAUGGAGUUCGGCCUGCAGGAGUUCGAGACCACGCUGCGGUGUCUCUCCGAUCUGGACGCCAAUCUGCUCGUGGAACCGGACAUGGAGGUCUUCGGCCAGUGCGUGGCCGUCUACAACGAAAGGCUCAAGUAUGGUUUGGCCAUUGAAAUCAAGUCCUGCAACCACAAAAUAGGACAGGCCAUGAAGAAGAAGUACAAGAAGGAGAUGGACUACGUUUAUGCGGUAAUCAAUGAGAUGGAUCGCAAGCUGGACAGGCCCAUACGUGACCUGGAUGAUGUGCGGAUGAUAAUGGAGACCUUGGGUAAGAUUCGCGAACAGGAAGUGGACAUGGAGCUGCGAAUCGAUCCCAUAGAGGAAGCCUUUAAUGUCCUCACCCGCUACGAGGUGCAAGUGGAGCGGGAGCAGUUCGAUCUGGUGGACAAUUUGAGGGCCACGUUUCAGAAUCUUUUGGCUGGCGCACUGCAGGCACAGGUCAAGCUGCUGGACAUGCAGCCCGCCUUCCAGGACGACCUGCGCACCAAUCUGGACAACUUCAAGCAGGACAAGAUCUCGUACGUGACGGAGUACCGCACGGCGGGACCGAUGCAGGCCGGGCUGACGCCCCGAGAGGCCUCCGACCGGCUGAUCCUGUUCCAGAACCGCUUCGAGGGCAUGUGGCGACGCCUACAGACGUACCAGAGCGGCGAGGAACUCUUCGGUCUGCCCCAGACGGACUACCCAGAGCUCGGCCAGAUCCGCAAGGAGCUGAACCUGCUGCAGAAGCUGUACAAGCUGUACAACGAUGUGAUCGACCGGGUGAGCAGCUACUACGACAUACCCUGGAACGAGGUGGACAUCGAGGAGAUCAACAACGAGCUGAUGGAGUUCCAGAACCGCUGCCGCAAGCUGCCCAAGGGCCUCAAGGAGUGGCCGGCCUUCCAUGCUCUGAAGAAGACCAUCGACGACUUCAACGACAUGUGUCCGCUACUGGAGUUGAUGGCGAAUAAAGCCAUGAAGCCACGCCACUGGCAACGGAUCAUGGACGUUACUCGCUACAUCUUCGAGUUCGACUCGGAGGGUUUCUCGCUCAAGAACAUAUUGGAGGCGCCGCUGCUGAAGCACAAGGAGGACAUCGAGGACAUCUGCAUCAGUGCGAUGAAGGAGAAGGACAUCGAGGCGAAGCUGAAGCAGGUGACCAACGAGUGGUCGGUGCACGAGCUGCAGUUCAUGAGCUUCAACAAUCGGGGGGAGCUGCUUCUGCGGGGCGACACCACGGCGGAGACGAUUGGCCAGCUGGAGGAUAGCCUGAUGGUGCUCGGCUCCCUGCUCUCCAACCGCUACAACGCCCCCUUCCGCAAGCAGAUCCAGCAGUGGGUCUACGACCUGUCCAACUCCAACGAGAUCCUGGAGCGCUGGCUCCUCGUGCAGAACAUGUGGGUCUACCUGGAGGCCGUGUUUGUUGGUGGCGAUAUCGCGAAGCAACUGCCUAAGGAGGCGAAAAGGUUUUCGAAGAUCGACAAGUCCUGGCAGAAAAUCAUGCAGCGGGCCCACGAGACCCCCGGUGUUGUGGCCUGCUGCGUCGGGGACGAUCUGCUCAAACAGCUGCUGCCUCAUCUGCAGGAGCAGCUGGAGAUUUGCCAGAAAUCCUUGAGUGGUUACUUGGAGCGCAAGCGCAUGAUGUUCCCACGCUUCUUCUUUGUGUCAGAUCCUGCCCUGCUAGAAAUACUGGGUCAGGCUUCCGAUUCGCAUACCAUACAAAACCACCUCCUCAACAUAUUCGACAACACCAAGUCGGUGAAGUUCCACGACGUGGAAUACAACAAGAUGAUGGCGAUCAUCAGCAGCGAGGGCGAGAUGAUCCAGCUGGAUAGGGCCAUCCGGGCGGAGGGUUCGGUGGAGACAUGGCUGACCCAACUGCUGGUCACGGCCCAGGCCUCGCUGCACUCGAUCAUCCGCACCGCCUACGCGACCAUCAACGAUCCCAACUUCACCCUGCUCAGCUUCCUGGAGAAGGCACCGGCCCAGAUUGGCCUGCUCGGCAUCCAGAUGGUGUGGACCCGCGACGCCGAAAUGGCCCUGAUGCGGGGACGCGAGCGGAAGGUCAUGAUGGAGACCAACAACAAGUUCCUGGAGAUCCUGAACACCCUCAUCGACCAGACAACGCGCAAUCUCACGAAACGGGAGCGCACGAACUUCGAAACUCUGAUUACGAUUCAUGUGCAUCAACGCGAUAUCUUCGAUAUCUUGUGCCGCAUGAACAUAAAGUCAGCCAAUGACUUUGAGUGGCUCAAGCAAUGUCGUUUCUACUUCAAAGAGGACCUGGACAAAACCUGGAUAUCGGUGACGGAUGUAACCUUUACCUAUCAGAACGAAUAUCUGGGAUGUACAGAUCGUUUGGUUAUCACACCUCUAACUGAUCGUUGUUACAUAACCCUGGCCCAGGCCCUCACCUUGUCCAUGGGCGGAGCACCAUGUGGACCAGCCGGCACGGGAAAAACGGAGACCGUCAAGGAUAUGGGCAAAACGCUGGCCAAGUAUGUGGUCGUCUUUAAUUGCUCCGAUCAAAUGGACUACAGAGGUUUGGGCCGCAUCUAUAAAGGCUUAGCUCAGUCCGGUAGUUGGGGAUGCUUCGAUGAGUUCAACCGCAUCGAACUUCCGGUUCUAUCGGUGGCCGCCCAACAAGUGGCUGUUGUCCUGACCGCCAAAAAGGAGAAGCGGAAAACAUUCCUCUUUACCGACGGUGAUACGAUUGAAAUGAAUCCAGAAUUCGGAAUAUUUAUAACUAUGAAUCCAGGAUAUGCGGGUCGCAAGGAAUUGCCGGAGAAUUUAAAAAUUCAGUUCCGUACUGUUGCCAUGAUGGUGCCGGAUAGGCAGAUUAUCAUAAGAGUUAAGCUGGCCAGUUGCGGCUUCCUGGAAAACAUUACGCUGGCCAGAAAGUUCUACACAUUGUACAAACUGUGUGAGGAGCAGUUGACCAAACAGGUGCACUACGACUUCGGACUGAGGAACAUACUCUCUGUCCUGCGAACACUGGGUGCUGCCAAGCGAAGGAACUCCAAGGAUACCGAGAGCACCAUUGUGAUGAGGGUGCUCCGCGACAUGAAUCUCUCCAAGCUGAUCGACGAUGAUGAACCACUCUUUAUGUCCCUGGUUUCGGAUUUGUUUCCCAACCAGACCCUCGAAAAGACCAAUUACCCAGAGCUUGAGGCCGCCAUUCUCCAGCAAACGGACGAGGCCAGCCUCAUCUAUCAUCCUCCUUGGGUCUUGAAACUCAUUCAGCUGUACGAAACCCAAAACGUUCGCCACGGAAUCAUGACCCUGGGGCCAAGUGGAGCCGGCAAGACGACCUGCAUCCACACCCUCAUGAAGGCCAUGACCCAAAUGGGCGACAAUCACCGCGAGAUGCGCAUGAAUCCCAAGGCAAUCACGGCUGCCCAAAUGUUUGGUCGACUCGAUGUGGCCACCAAUGAUUGGACGGAUGGAAUUUUCUCGGCCCUGUGGCGCAAGACCCUGAAACUAAAGUCCGGCGAGCAUGUCUGGUUGGUUUUGGACGGACCGGUGGACAGUAUUUGGAUAGAGAACUUGAAUUCGGUGUUGGACGACAACAAGACUCUGACAUUGGCCAACGGCGAUCGUCUGACCAUGGCGCCCACUGUCAAAAUCAUAUUCGAGCCCCACAACAUAGACAACGCCUCACCCGCCACGGUAUCCAGAAAUGGAAUGGUCUACAUGAGCUCUUCUGGUCUGGACUCUCGACCAAUUGUUCAAGCCUGGCUUAAAAACCGCGCUCCAGGCGAAAAGUCGACCUUUUCGGACUUAUUCGAUCAGACCUUUGUGGAGGUCUACAACUGGGGAGUGCAGAUGGUGAAGUUGCAGAUGCCGGUGCUGCAGUGCAACGUGGUCCAGCAGAUGCUGUUCAUCCUGGAGGGCUUGAUACCUGUCAAGAAGGAGGACGAACAGGCAGUGAGCCUGUCCAGCAAGGAGAGCCACGAUGCGAAUAAACGUUCAGAGCAUCAAAAACAUGUCGAAGAGGCGCGACGGCAAUCGAUUGGCAGUCAGAUUGUCGAGGACCUCCCUCCGGAGACUUCGAUCGAGGAGAAGGAGGACACCUGCACCCCGGAACACUUGCACCGCUUGUACAUCUUCGCGCUCGCCUGGGGCCUGGGCGGUUACCUCUCCACUAGCGACCGCGUCAGAAUGAAUCUGUUCGUGAAGGAAUCCUUCCCGCAGCUGGACUACCCGAAGGGUAGUGCCCACGAGAACACAAUCUUUGACUUCUUCGUUUCUCCAGCGGGCGUGUGGCAGUCGUGGAAGACGCUCGUCACCCCCUAUAUGUAUCCGGAGCUUUCCACACCAGACUAUCUGAGCAUUCUGGUGCCCAUCGUGGAUAAUGUGCGCAUCGACUAUCUGAUCGGCACCAUAGCCAAUCAGGAGCGCGCCGUGAUGGUGAUUGGCGAACAGGGCACGGGCAAGACGGUGAUCAUGAAGAACUUCAUGAAGAAGAUGAACGUUGAGACGUACAUGGGCCGGUCCUUCAACUUCUCAUCGGCCACCAGUCCGUAUCAGUUCCAGCGCACAAUUGAGAGUUAUGUGGAGAAGCGCGUUGGCGUUACCUUCGGGCCACCCGGUGGCCGGAAAUUGAUCGUCUUCAUCGACGACAUCAAUUUGCCCGAGAUCAAUGAGUGGGGCGAUCAAAUAACCAAUGAAAUUGUGCGCCAGUCCAUGGACAUGAAGGGCUUCUAUAGCCUGGAGAAGCCCGGCGACUUCACCACCAUCGUGGAUGUGCAGUAUGUGGCGGCCAUGGGCCUCCCGGGCGGAGGACGCAACGACAUACCGUCGCGUCUGAAGCGCCAGUUCUGCGUGUUCAACUGCAACAUACCCGACAACGACUCCAUCGAUAAGAUCUUCCGCGUUAUCGGUGAGGGCCACUACAAUGCGAAGCGGGGCUUCGUGCCCGAGAUCCGCAGCCUGGUCAAGAAGCUGAUCGUCGUCACCCGCCAUCUGUGGCAGCGUACGCGCGAGAAGCUACUGCCCACGCCGGCCAAAUUCCACUAUGUGUUCAGUCUGCGCGAUUUGUCGCGCAUCUGGCAGGGCAUGGUUGGCACCUUAUCCACGGUGAUCACCUCCGAGGGCGUCCUCAUGGCACUGUGGAAGCACGAGUGCACGCGAGUAUUCGCCGAUCGCUUCACCACGUUCCAGGACAAGGAGUGGUUCGGCUCAGAGCUGGCAUGUCUCGUGCGCGAGGAGCUGGGCGACGCCCACUCCCAGAUGAUCCUGCCCAAUCCGGUGUUCGUCGACUUUAUGCGCGACGCCCCCGAGCCGACCGGCGAGGAGGGAGAGGACACCGACAUGGAGCUACCCAAGGUCUACGAGCCGGUCCACUCACACGAAGUGCUCCGCGAGCGUCUCGUCAUGUUCCUCGCCCAGUUCAACGAAAUGGUGCGAGGGUCGGGAAUGGAUUUGGUGUUCUUCCCGGAUGCAAUGCUGCAUCUGGUGAAGAUCUCCCGCAUCAUUCGGCAUCCGAGGGGAUCGGUCAUGCUUGUCGGGGUCGGCGGUUCUGGAAAACAGUCGCUAACGAAAUUGGCAUCGUUCAUAGCCGGCUACAAGACAUUCCAAAUUGCGUUGACGCGUUCGUACAACGUGGCCAAUUUUCUGGAGGAUCUAAAGCUGCUCUACCGCACCUGCGGCGUUCAGGGCAAGGGCACAACCUUUCUCUUCACCGACAUGGAUAUCAAGGAGGAAGGUUUCCUCGAGUAUCUGAACAACAUACUCUCGAGCGGCGUCAUAUCGAAUCUAUUCUCGCGCGAUGAGCAGGCCGAAAUCGUGCAGGAGCUGACGCCGGUCAUGAAACGCGAGAAUCAACGCAAAACAGCGACCCCGGAAAGUGUGAUGGACUUCUUUCUGGCGCGCACCUGCACCAAUCUGCACGUGGCCUUCUGCUUCUCGCCCGUGGGCGAGACGUUCCGGUCGCGCGUGCAGCGCUUCCCCGCCUUGGUCUCCGGCUGCACCAUUGACUGGCUGCAUCCGUGGCCCAAGGACGCCUUGGUAUCGGUUGCCCGACACUUUCUGAGCCACUUCGAGAUCGAGUGCACACCGGCCGUCAAGGAGGAGCUGGUCAACGCCCUCGGCUCCAUUCAGGACAUUGUCGCGGAAACGUCGCAGGAGUAUUUCCAGCGUUUCCGCCGCGCCACGCACGUGACACCCAAAUCUUAUCUGAACUUUAUUGCCGGCUACAAGAACAUCUAUCAAAUGAAGCAGCAAGAGCUGCGAGAUGGUGUGGAGAAGAUGGAUACGGGCUUGGAGAAACUGAAAGAGGCCUCCGCCUCGGUUGAGAUCCUCAAGAAGGAUCUAGUGGUCAUGGAGGAAGAGCUGGUCGAAGCCUCCAAGAACGCGGAGUCAGUGCUAGUGGAGGUGACGGAGCGCGCGAUGCAAGCGGAGAUCGUCAAGAACCAGGUGCUCAUCGUGAAGGACAAGGCCGAGGCCCUGGUGGCCUGCAUCGCCCACGAGAAGGCGCUGGCCGAGGAGAAACUGGAGGCCGCCAAGCCGGCGCUCGAGGAGGCGGAGAACGCUCUCAAUACGAUAAAGCCGGCCCACAUUGCCACCGUGCGCAAGUUGGGCCGUCCUCCGCACCUGAUCAUGCGCAUCAUGGACUGCGUCCUGAUCCUGUUCAAGCGCAAGCUGCAUCCCUGCAUCGCGGACGCGGGCACGCCGUGUCCGAAGCCCUCCUGGCAGGAGUCCUUAAAGAUGAUGGCCAGUGCCACGUUCCUGCUGCAACUGCAAAACUAUCCAAAGGACACCAUCAACGACGAGAUGAUCGAUCUGCUGCAGCCGUACUUCCGCAUGGAGGACUACAACAUGGACAUGGCACGGCGUGUGUGCGGAGACGUAGCCGGUCUGCUGUCCUGGACCAAGGCCAUGUCCUUCUUCCACAGUGUUAACAAGGAGGUGCUGCCCUUGAAGGCAAAUCUCACGAUGCAGGAAGCGAGACUUAAGCUCGCCAUGGACGACUUGGCCGGUGCCGAGGAGCAGCUGCGGGAGCGCGAGGAAGCGCUCCAGGCUGUGAAGGAUCAGUACGACAAGGCGGUGGGCGAGAAACAGAGGUUGACGGAUGCGGCCAAUGUCUGUCUGCGUAAGAUGACCGCGGCAACGGCCUUGAUCAAUGGAUUGUCGGAUGAGAAACACCGAUGGACCAACCAGAGCAAGGAGUUCAAGAUACAGCUGGGCAAACUGGUGGGCGAUGUCCUUCUGGCCACCGGGUUUCUAUCCUACUGCGGACCCUACAAUCAGGAAUUCCGAGCCAAUCUCAUUAAGACCUGGAUGGGCAUACUGAAACAGAAGAAUAUACCCUUUACCACGGGUCUGAACAUAAUCAACAUGCUGGUGGACUCUUCGACGGUGUCGGAAUGGACGUUGCAGGGAUUGCCGAACGAUGAGUUGUCGGUGCAGAACGCCCUGAUAGCCACCAAGUCCAGCAGCUAUCCACUGCUGGUCGAUCCGCAGACGCAGGGCAAGAUCUGGAUCAAGUGCAAGGAAGACAAAAACGAGCUGCAGAUCACCUCGCUGAACCACAAGUACUUCCGCACCCAUCUCGAGGACUCGCUGUCGCUGGGCAGACCCCUCCUGAUCGAGGAUGUGGGCAUCGACCUGGAUCCGGUCAUCGACAAUGUGCUGGAGAAGAACUUCAUCAAGUCGGGCAGCAUUGAGAAGGUGUUGGUGGGCGACAAGGAGUGCGAUGUGAUGCCGGGCUUCAUGCUCUACAUCACCACGAAACUGCCCAAUCCGGCCUUCAGUCCGGAGGUCAGUGCCAAGACCUCGAUCAUCGAUUUUACGGUCACCAUGCGGGGGCUGGAGGACCAGCUCCUGGGCCGGGUGAUCCUCAUGGAGAAGUCCGAUCUGGAGGCCGAGCGGGUGGCUCUCUUCGAAACGGUCAUGCAGAACCAGAGGAAUAUGAAGGAACUGGAGGCGAACCUCCUGCUCCGCCUGAGCUCAUCGCAGGGAUCCCUGGUGGACGACGAAGCCCUGAUAGAAGUGCUGCGGGUCACGAAAACCACGGCCGAGGAGGUCAACCAGAAACUGAAGAUUUCCGAGGUCACGGAGCGUAAGAUUAUGAAGGCACGGGAGGAGUUCCGGGCGGUGGCCAAACGUGGAUCGAUUCUUUACUUCCUGAUUGUGGAGAUGAGCAAUGUGAAUGCCAUGUACCAGAACUCCCUGAAACAAUUUCUGGUCAUCUUCAACUGCUCCAUUACCAAGUCGACCAAGUCCAGUGUGACGGAGGAGCGAAUAAACAUCAUUUUGCGCUAUCUCACCUACGAGGUGUACAAGUUUACCAAUCGUAGUCUCUACGAGCGACACAAGCAAUUGUUCACCCUGAUGCUGGCCAUCAAGAUUGACUACCACAAUGGAAACAUCAGCCACGAGGAGUUCCUGACCUUCAUCAAGGGCGGCGCCUCGUUGGACUUGAAUGCCGUCACCCCGAAACCCUUCCGCUGGAUCCUGGACAUAACCUGGCUGAAUCUGGUGGAGAUCAGCAAGCUGGACACCUUCUCCACGGUUCUCCAGGUGAUAGAGCUGAACGAACGGGACUGGCGCUGCUGGUACGAGUGCGAGAAGCCGGAGAACGAGGAAAUCCCCUGCGGAUACAAUGCCCUCUUGGAUGGUUUCCGGAAGCUGCUGCUCAUCCGGUCUUGGUGUCCCGAUCGCACCAUUUCCCAGGCGAAGAAGUACAUAGAAGAAUCUCUGGGAGGCGAGUACAGCGAAAUGCAAAUUCUUGAUCUAGAGGAAAUGUGGCUCGAGUCGGAACCCCGCACCCCUUUUGUGUGCCUACUCUCGAUAGGAUCGGAUCCAACCACCCAGAUUGGCGCUCUGGCCAAGCAGAAGAGCAUAGUUCUCAAAUGUGUGUCGAUGGGUCAGGGGCAGGAGUACCAUGCGCGCAAGAUGAUAAUCGAGUCGAUGGCAAUCGGUGGAUGGGUGCUGCUCCAGAACGUGCACCUGUCCCUGCCCUUCUGCACCGAGAUAAUCGACAUGCUGGUGGAGAGCGAGCACAUAGACGACUCCUUCCGCAUGUGGGUAACGACGGAGCCGCACAACGAGUUCCCCAUCGGAUUGCUGCAGAUGGCUCUCAAAUUCACUAAUGAACCACCACAGGGGAUACGUGCCAGUCUAAAGCGCAGCUACCAGUCGUUCACCCAGGACUUCCUCGACUACACAUCGGCCUCCCAGUGGCCCCCGCUCCUCUACACGGUGGCCUUCCUGCACACCAUCGUCCAGGAGCGUCGCAAGUUCGGCCCACUGGGCUGGAACAUACCCUACGAGUUCAACCAGGCCGACUUCGCCGCCAGCGUGCAGUUCAUCCAGAACCACCUCGACGAGAUGGACCCGAAGAAGGGCGUCUCCUGGCAGACGCUGGUCUACAUGAUUGGCGAGGUGCAGUACGGCGGCCGGGUGACGGACGACUUUGACAAGCGACUGCUCACCACCUUCACCUCGGUGUGGUUCUGCGAGCCGCUGCUCUCGAACUCCUUCGAGUUCUACAAGGGAUACAAGGUGCCGGGCACGAAGAGCCUGCAGGGCUUCAUCGAUUAUAUCAACAGUUUGCCGGCCUACGACACCCCCGAGGUAUUUGGCCUGCAUUCGAAUGCCGACAUCACGUACCAAAUAAACUCGGCCAAAGGCAUCCUCGACACCAUCCUCAGUGUGCAGCCCAAGGAGGGCGGCGGGGGGGGCGAGACCCGGGAGAGCAUCGUCUACCAACUGGCGGAUGACAUGCUGCGCAAGCUGCCCGCCCAGUACAACGCCUACGAGGUGCGGGAGAACCUGACGCGGAUGGGCAUCCUCCUGCCCAUGAAUAUUUUCCUCAGGCGAGAAAUCGAUCGCAUGCAAAGGGUCAUUAAACGGGUCCACACCUGCCUCUGCGACCUCAAGCUGGCGAUUGAUGGCACCAUUGUGAUGAGUCCGGCCCUGAAGGAGUCACUCGAUGCCAUGUACGACGCCCGUAUACCAGAGACCUGGAUGAAGAUUUCCUGGGAAUCAACCACACUGGGCUUUUGGUACACCGAGCUACUGGAACGCAAUGGGCAGUUCAGAACUUGGAUAUCAACGGAUCGGCCCAAGGUUUUCUGGAUGACCGGCUUCUUUAAUCCCCAAGGAUUUCUAACAGCCAUGCGACAGGAGGUGACGCGAGCUCACAAAGGUUGGGCCCUGGACUCGGUGGUGCUACAGAAUCAAAUAACGCGCUACAACAGGGAGGACAUCACCGAGUAUCCCACGGAGGGGGUGUAUGUGCACGGAUUGUUCCUGGAGGGUGCUUCGCUGGAUCGCCGCAGCGGCAAGCUGAUUGAGUCCAAGAUGAAGGUGCUCUACGAGCAGAUGCCCGUCAUCUAUAUAUACGCGAUAAACACGACGGCUGGGAAGGAUCCCAAGUUGUACGAGUGCCCCAUCUACCGCAAGCCCCAGCGCACCGACUUAAAGUACGUGGGUUCGAUUGAUUUCGAGACCGAAUUCAAUCCCAAGCACUGGACCCUUCGCGGCGUGGCCCUGCUCUGUGACAUCAAGUGAACCUCGACCACCACCCCCCCUCCCAAUACCGAUGGCCAUUGUUUGCCAUCAUGUCAACGGCUGUACGUGAGUGGGGCUCCUAAUGGCCCUGUGAUAAUUAUCUUUUUUCGUUGGGUGGACGUUAAAGUUUCGUGUAAUCCGGCGCAAAUACAACGUUAUUAAUUAAGCCCUCGGGUGAGGUAGGGCAAGUUGUUUGCACUCGGGAACAACCAGCACAAUUAUUAGCUCUUAUCCAUUUUGGUCAAUCCCCGCAAGGCGGUCAUUCCAAAAAGCGCACCAAACCCUUAGAGAGUUAAGGCAU